AUUCAAAAGAUUGGAUUUUUAAUAGAGAAUCAAACAAUAGGAAGGGGACAUGAAUACAAUUUGGCUUGGAGGAAAGCUGAAGAAGCAGCUUUGAGGCGAUAUCAAGAAACCCACUGGUUGGAAUGUUUCGUCGGGCCAUUAGGUAUAUCAAGCCAACCAUCUGAGAGAGAGUUUGUUUCUUGUUUGAGAAGUGGCUUUGUACUUUGCAAUUUAAUUAACAAAGUUCAACCAGGAUCAGUUCCGAAGGUUGUAGAAAUCCACACUCCUUCACAGUCAACCAUGUGGGAUUCUCAGCCUCUGCGAGCAUAUCAAUAUUUUGAGAACAUCCAGAACUUUUUAGUAGCCGCGAAAGAUUUAAAGCUAACAGCUUUUGAGGGAUCUAUUUUUGAAAGGGAUAAUAUUGAGGCAGGUUCGUCGACUAAGGUUGUGGAUUGCAUUUUGGAACUUAAAGCAUACCAUGAGUGGAAGCAAAUGACUGGAGGCGUCGAAUGUUAUAAGCCUCUAAGGUCUCCUCUCUUGACCCCUUCAAGAGGAAGGAUUCAAGAACAUACACAUGUGACAAUCAAUUCUGAUAGUCACAGGCGAUUGGAAAUGUCGGCUAGCUUUCCAAAACAAUCACCGACAGAUGAAGAAAUUAAGAAACUUGAAGGCAUGAUUGUCAAGGCUACAGCUGAAAAAAUGGUGGACAUGAAGGAAAACAUGGGCUCUUUUCAAAAUGGGAAUACGGUAUGCAUUCUCCUGACUGUUUGCAGCUUUACUUAAAGUCAACAAUCACUGGUAUAUUCAAGAUUUUUUUCUCCG